GGCGGAGAGGCUCACAGGUUUUUUCGUCUAACAGGAGCUGGAGAAGCAGUAUUCGCCCAGCAGGUGGUCCCACAGGAUGGCGGCGGACGACGUAAUCAAGGCCCACGUGAAGGCUGUAAAGGAAGGUACAGAGCGGGCCCGAGCUCUGGCCCAAACUUUACUCGACGUCCCGUACGGCGAUGGAGACGGAGAGAAACUGGAUGUGUACAUCCCCAGGACCAGCUCUUUGGAUGUCAACCUUGUUAUUUACAUACACGGAGGCUACUGGCAAUUUCUCAGUAAGGAUGAGUCUGGGUUCAUGGCCGUUCCGCUCAUUGAGAAGGGCGUUGUUGUGGUUGCCGUUGGUUACAACAUCGCUCCUAAAGGUAACAUGGACCUGAUGGUGUCGCAGGUCCGCAGGAGUGUGGUGUCCGUCGUUCAGCAGUAUUCUCAUAUCAGAGGUCUUUACCUGUGUGGCCACUCUGCUGGAGCUCACCUGGCUGCAAUGGUGCUCUCCACUGACUGGUCCCAGUACAGCGUCACUCCUCAGGUCAAAGGUGCUUUUCUUGUUAGUGGCAUUUAUGACCUCCUGCCCAUCCUGCCCACCUACGUCAACGAGCCUCUGAAGAUGACGGAGGAGGUGGCCAUAAGGAACAGCCCCAGCAGGUUGGUUCCUCAGCUGAAGCUCUCCUCCUCCGGCUGCCAGAUCGUUGUGGCUGUCGCCAAGAACGACUCGCCGGAGUUUCGCAAGCAGUCCCAAGAAUACUACAAAAUUUUGGAAGCAGCAGGACUGAACGUGACCUUGGAGGAUGUGGAGAAUGCCGAUCACUUUAGUGUCAUUGAACAGCUGGUUGAUGAGGAGUAUCACCUGACCAAGCUUCUUUUGAAGAUGAUGGGGAACAGCUGAAGUGUUCGAUCCGUCAGCCCAAAUCAGAAAACCCGCAUCACCACUGACCUCCGAACAGUUCCUGUGCACCCAUUCACGGAGAAAAUAUGCGUUAGUUCAGGUUUGUUUUGACAGUUUAUUCACAAUCA